UUCGCUGACAAUAGAAGUUGUGUAUAUCAGAAAUACAGUGUUUCUGUUCCAUAAACAUUAAAUCAAAAGACUCCGUUUGAGAAAUAAAGUUGUCACCAGUGGCGUACUCUGUGACAUUCCUAAGGAUAAGUGGGGUCGAAUUAAUAAUUUUCCAGCUUGUCAAUCAUAAAGGAUCUACCACUUCUUGGGCAGUUUGUUGAGCUCAAUCAAUCUGCUUCUGGAAGCUGAGGACUGCUGCAAGAUCCAUAACUUAAGUUCACCCACAUCUAGAUAAUCAAUGUCUUAUUCGACCCAACGUUUUGAUUCGUCAAAAUAUUUCGAUGAAGCAUUGGCAUUUUUGAAGGAGUACAUGUGGAUUUACAAUAGUCCAAAUACUGACAUACUAUCUAGGAAUGUGCUAGAUCAAAUUCCACAUGAAUGGAUCGUAUACUUCCAAAAGUUGAGCUUCAGUGAUCUCAAGGACUUAUCAUUAGGUAAAAAAAAGGAUGAUUGUCCUCAUUCCUUAGUUGGUUUUCUGGAUAAGAUUGAAUUAUUGAGUACUCCACGAAAACGUAGAUAUUCGGAGUCUAAGCAAAAUGAAUUGCCUAAGAAAGGAGGAUUGAGUUUCAAAAAACAACAUGAAGUCAUAUCCUUUGCUCCCUUAAUUGCAGAUAUAUGUGAUCGCGUUGGAACAAACCAGGUCAUUGAUAUAGGAGCAGGUUUGGGCUAUCUUUCCUACCUUCUAGCCGAAGAUCAUAAGUGUUCAGUUCUUGCAAUCGAAGGAUGUCCUCAAAAAAUGGAAUCAGCCCUGAAAUACCAGUUGAAAUAUCACAAAUAUUCCAGAGAAAGAGUAACUUUCUACAAUCAUUUUAUAACUGAAAAUUCAGUGAAUGAGAUCAAUAAAAGUUUGAAUAAUACAUUUUCGAAAGAAGAAGCUAUAUGUAUGUGUGGAUUACAUGCAUGCGCAGAUUUGAGCGUGACGAUUCUUGAUUUAUUUUUGGAAAUGGAUCAAGUAAAGUCGUUGGUGAUAAUGCCUUGCUGUUACCACCGAUUAGGUUUGCGGGAAACUGUCGAUGAACGAGAAUACUUCAAAGGUUUUCCUAUAAGUGAGGCAUUAAAGUAUUAUUUCGAAAAGUACGAUGCAUCAAAUUUUCUCAAAAGACCUUUUCUCAGGUUAGCUUGUCAAACUACGUCGACAACGUUUCAGGAAAUGAGUGAUUCUCAGCACGAAGAACAUGCUAAAAAUUUCCUUAUGAGGGGUAUUUUGCAGAAAGCUGCAGAUGAAGUUGGAUGUAACGUUUCGAGAUUGAAGAGGAAAUCCGGAAAAUCUCUCAAUGAAUCAGAUUUUUCAUUUUAUCUGAAAAAUUUCUGCAAUAAUUACAAAUUGAUUCCCAAAUCGAGUGACGCAAAAGGUGAUCUGGAUGUCGAGAGGAGAAUUAUAGAAAUAUGGGAAAGCAACCAGGACAAAUUGAUACUGAUGGAAGCUCUUACCGCUUUACAAACUUCUUUACAGAGUGUAUGUGAAAAUAUUUUGUUGCAGGAUAAAGUGCAGUAUUUAAUAGAGAAUGGUGUUAAUUGUUACAUCGAGAAAGUAACGGAUGACAAUAUUUCACCUAGAUGUCAUGCUUUGAUUGCAAUUAAAAAUUAAACAAAUGAAAA